AUGUUUCGGUACCAGCAGCUGCCGCAGAGGGACUGCCCCGGGCUGUGGUCCGACCAUCACGGAGGACUGUCCCUGGACUUCGUCCCCAAAGUCUCUCAGAACGACUUCACUGAUGUGUCCCAGGGCUGGCUCUCGUGGACGUGUCAUCUCGUCGUCACGUUUCUGGUAACAAUUGUAACCUUCAUAACCUUUCCUGUGUCCGGAUGGUUUGUGCUUAAGACGGUUCCAAACUAUGAGAAGAUGGUGGUGUUUCGUCUGGGUCGGGUCUGUGCUCCCAAAGGUCCUGGAGUGGUCCUGGUGCUGCCUCUCAUCGACCAAUGGCAGAGAGUGGACCUCCGCACACGGGCCUUCAACACCCCGCCUUGUCAGGUGCGGACCUUAGAUGGAGGUCUGCUGCAGGUGGGCGCUGAUAUCCAGUUCAGGAUCUGGAACCCGGUGCUGUCUGUGGUCGCGGUGCAGGACCUGAACGCCUCCACACGGAUGACGGCCCACAAAGCCCUGAGCUACAGUCUCUCCAAGAGGACGCUGCGAGAGAUCCAGUGUGAGAGGGUCAAACUGGGGGAGUACCUGGGGAUGGACAUAAACGACAUGACCAAACCCUGGGGCCUCGAGGUUGACCGUGUGGAACUUGUGUUUGGCUCCUCACUAAACACUGAGGAGGCCCCUCAGGCCCCUCUCAUUAUGCCUCCAUCACUCCCCGGACUGGAGGGUCUCCCUGGCCCCCUGCAGCAGUUGGCUCUGCAGUUCCUCAGUCAGAACCUGCCUCAGAAUAAACCAGAGUGCAGUCUGACAGUGAUGGACGAGCUCAGGACGCCUCCUUCUCCUCAGUCGCCUCCUUCUCCUCAGUUGCCUCCUUCUCCUCAGUCGCCUCCUUCUCCUCGGUCGGUGCAGGAGCUGCUCGGUGCAGUCAAGCUGCUGCUGUCAGAGAGUCUGGUGAACCGGGUUCAGGCCUGUUUCCAGUUCCACAUCAGUUCUGAGAACCAUCAGCAGCAGAGCUACUUUGUGGAUCUGAGACAAGGCAGUGGCACCGCAGGCCCCGGCGCCGCCCCAGACCCAGACGUGACUCUGAGCGUGUCCGACUCUGACCUUCUGUCUCUGUUCGAGGGGACGUUGAGGCCGUUCUCCGCCUUCAGCAGCGGCAGACUCCGGGUUCAGGGAGACGUGAAGACGGCCAUGAAGCUGGAGGAACUUAUUCAGCUGCUGCGGAAAUAA